AUGGCUGAAGUGAUUGAGCUCCAGAAACUCAAGCUCGCAGAGCUGAGGCAGGAGUGUGAAGCCCGAGGACUGGAGACUAAAGGAAACAAGGGCGAUCUGAUCGCACGUCUGCAGGCCUACCUGGAUGAACACGACGAAGACGUGGACGUUGAUGACGUUCUUGCCGACGACACCGUGGACUUUGCCAAAGGCGAGGUCGUAGACAACGGGAAAGAUGUCAAGGAAUCACAAUCUCCCGUCGUCGAGCUGCCACCUGAAAAGAAGAUUAUCAAAAUCUGCCCGCCAACAACUGCUAGUGAACGACUACAGAAACGUGCCGAACGUUUCAAACUGCCUGCGUCAGCGGAAGAUAAGAAGACCCAACGCGCGGCAAGGUUUGGGUUACCUCUCAAUGUUUCCAGUCCAUCCACAGGCACCGCCGUGGCCAGCCACGCACCGACCUUGUCGCGUCUGACGCAGGUCAGCGUGGAUCAGCUGAAGAAGCGGGCGGAGAGAUUCGGCAUGAAUGUGUCGUCGCUUUCGCAAAAGAUGGAAGCGGAUGAGAAGCUGAUGAAGAGGAAGGAAAGGUUUGGCAUCCUGACUGGCAGUGCGGCGACUGGUUCGGCCGAUAGCGAGGCCAAAAAAAUGAAGCGUGCUGCAAGAUUUGGUAUCGUGUAA